GGCACCAACCUCGAGAGGAACGUCUGCGACAAUUGCACGGGUCGUCAAACGGAGCUUAAAAGUCAAAUUGUUUUGGGGUUGCAUCUCAAUUAAAGGGGGGAAAAAACUAUCAGGGGAUAAAUAUGACAGCAGUCCGAUUCGCCUCAUCGUUACUGCCGCUACUCUUGGUCGUGAUGCAGUCCGGAGCCGGGCUGUGCGCACGGAGGUUCCGCGGUGGCCGCAACCCGCAACCGCGACGCGCGCCGCCGCCUCCCACAUACCGGGCGGCGAGCGGCAACCGGGGUGACGCCACCGAGAGCUUCCCACUGGAUUUCACCGCCGUGGAGGAGAACAUGGAUAACUUCAUGACGCAAGUGAAGAACCUGGCGCAGUCUCUGUACCCGUGCUCGGCGCAGAAGCUCGACCACGACAUGAAGCUUCACUUUCUGGAGAACGUCUCGGUCACAUGCAACGACGGAAGCCCCGCAGGGUAUUACCUAAAAGAAUCCAGAGGAAGCAGACGCUGGUUGAUAUUCCUUGAGGGCGGCUGGUACUGCUUCAACAAAGAGAACUGCGACAGCAGAUAUGAGACCAUGAGGAGGCUGAUGAGCUCGUCCAAGUGGCCGCAAACAAAAACAGGCACUGGGAUCCUGUCUCCACUGCCGGAGGAAAACCCUCACUGGUGGAACGCCAACAUGGUGUACAUCCCAUACUGCUCCAGCGAUGCGUGGAGUGGCGCCACUGCCAAGACAGAGCACAGUGGCUACGCUUUUAUGGGCUCAUUGAUAAUUCAAGAGGUCGUUAAAGCCUUGCUUAAAAAGGGUCUGGAAAACGCCAAGGUUCUGCUCCUAGCCGGGAGCAGUGCCGGUGGAACGGGGGUUCUGCUGAAUGUGGACCGUGUGGCGGAGCUGCUGGAGGGUCUGGGACACACUGGGAUACAAGUGCGCGGCUUGGCCGACUCUGGCUGGUUUCUGGACAACAAGCAGUAUGACUUCACGGACUGCUUGGAUGCAGUCAGCUGUGCCCCCACUGAGACCAUCAAGAGGGGCAUCAAGUACUGGGGAGGAGUGGUACCGGAGAAAUGCAAACAAGCCCAUGAAGGAGAGGAGUGGAAUUGUUUUUUCGGCUACCGAGUCUUUCCGUCCAUAAAAAGCCCAGUCUUUGUAGUCCAGUGGCUGUUUGACGAAGCCCAGUUGACAGUAGACAACAUUCAGUUGACGGGCCAGCCAGUGCAGGAAGGCCAGUGGCGUUACAUCCAAAAUCUGGGUAUUGAGCUGAGGAACACCCUCAAAGAUGUCCCAGCUAUGUUCGCCCCAGCAUGCCUCUCACAUGAAGUCAUCACAAGAAACUACUGGACGGACGUGCAGGUCAAAGGGACUUCCUUGCCUCGGGCACUUCACUGCUGGGACCGCAGUCUCCAUGACAACAGGAACAACAAAGCCCCGCCCAAAGGUUGCCCUGUACAUUUGAUAGACAGCUGCCCGUGGCCGCACUGCAACCCCACCUGCCCCACCAUCCGAGACCAGUUCACAGGCCAAGAAAUGAACGUGAUCCAGUUCCUGAUGCACAUGGGAUUUGAUGUGCAGAAGAUGGCCCAGCAACAGGGCAUGGACCCCAGCAAACUACUGGGCAUGCUGAGCAGUGGCAGCUAAAGAGACUCGUACAAAGCAACAAACCAACAAAAAACACACUUAACAGUAUCUUCAAGCUAAAGCCCAUCUAGGGUUGUGGCAGGUCUCUCUGGCCAGUGUCCACACCUGAUACCUCCUACCACUCUUUCUACCUUAGUCUUCCCCCUUAUGACAUCCCGUUUACUGUUGUACCUCAAGGCAAAAAAAAACAAAAAACCCUCAAACAAAACAGAUUACCAUUUUUCAGCAGAUAGUGGCGGGGGAUGUUUACUAAAACGCAGAUGGGGAAGAGGUCUUAUGCAUUUAUUUGUACAAAUGCAAUCCUGGAAUAGUAUUGAACUAUUAUACCCAUAUAUGGUGUUUGAAAUAAAAUUAAUUGCCAAGAUCAAUUAACCAAGGCAGGAAGUAACAAAUUGAGUAGCUCCCCAGAUAGCAUACUGUGGCAUGACCACAUGUCGGAGUCUACUGAACUCAGAACUCAUUUACAAUGCAGAUAAAAUCUUAGGACAAUCUGCUUCGGUGCAGCUGUACUUCUGAGCUGCUGUUUUGGUUAGCAACUGCGUUAUACGAGUGUCUAUGAACUGAUUACGGAGGACUACGGGGUCAUGUGCUGUAGACAAAUAUUCAAACGUGAAAUACAGUUUAGGGUUCUCUGAUGCUUUGUUUCACAUCAGCAUCCUUCCCCAUAAACUGAAUUGAACUACUUAGUACACAGGAGGGAUUUUAGGGUCAUCAUGACAACGUGACAAACACACACACACCACAGUGCCAUUUAAUAUAAAGUGUACCUCUUGAAUCAGCACAAGUGGAACAACACGCAAGGCCCAAAGAAUAUACUGUAGUUGGCUCCUCGCUAGUUUUACCAGUUCUCAGAUCAAUGCAAUGUGCAUUUAAAGGGAGAAAAUGUGUAUUGUACAUGGUUAGUGUGUUUGUAUAGGUUCUUUCAGUUCAAGUGUUUGUCACGCCAUGCUUAUUUCAUAAUAGAGAUCACCUUUUAAUAUAAUGGGAAUGCUGUAUGGGCUGGUGUCUUUCUAAGGACGUGUUUCCUCACACCGACUACAGAAAGAACGGUAUUACUAAUUGUAAUUUUAUUCUGUAACAUAUUUUUAACAGGAGAAACUCGAACUACAUUGGUUAUUUACAUAUUUAUUUGUUAUGUAAAUCAUAUUUAUAAGUGCUAUUUUUUUUUUGCAGAGAAGUGAUUCUUUGUAAAAUUGUAAAUACAUGGCUGUUUUUUCCCCUCUUUGUGUUGACUGCAUGUCUUUGUAUUAGACCCAAAAGAAACGACACAAAAUAUAAAUACAACGG